AUGCCGAUUUUUCAGGGCAAAGCUUUUGCGGAACUCGAGAAACUGGAAGUGGACAUAGUGAAAAAGAUCAAGAACGCGGGCCGAGGGACUGAUGUGUCUUUCUGGGAGAAUCUUUUGGACACCCUCAGACCACAAAUGGCUCGACAAAGAUUGAAGGAAUUGCAUCAAAAGUUCUUGAAGAUCAAAUUGGAACAGAUUAGAGCAGAGCAGCUGAAGGAAACGCAAAAAUUGGAGAAACUGGAGCUCAACAAAGCUCCGGAGACGGAGCAGAAACCGGAAGAGAAGGUUCAGCAGGAGAAUCCCGGGGAUGUCGGAGAGAAGAGCGAAGAUGAGGGGGAAAUUGAGGAUUUGAAUGUAAGUUUUGAAUUUUUUUUUAAUUUGGAGAUGUCCUAGAAAAGUAUUUUUUCAAAAAAUAACCACCUCCUUUCAGGCCGAAGAUCUGGAAGCUCUUGAAGCCUACGACACAAAACGACCCCUCCCAUUCACAGUCGACGAGGUCCUAAGCCUGGAUGACGAGCAGCGAGAAGCCAAAUACGAACAACUCAAUGAUCGCCAGCUUUUGAGAUUCACGUUGAGGAUGUACGAAAGCGGAAGAUAUUCCCCCACAUAUGGAAAAGAAUCGUUAGCCAUGCCAGGAAUUGAAAUAUUGAGUGAAAAGGAGGAUGUUGAGAGUCUGAGAGAAGUAGGUUUGAGAUUUUAUGGGGUUUAAGAACUACACUGAAUUUUUUCAUUAAAAACUAUUGGUACCUAAAAUAAGGUCGAAAAUUUCGGCCGCUAAUUUUUCUGGAAUGCCAUCAGCAUCCAAGAACCAGGCUUGUUAUGUACUAAUCACAAAAAAACCACCCAUAAACACCCUAGAAGCAUUAAAAAUCGAAAUUGAAAGCUAAAAAAUCAUCUACAGGGGCGGACCUGAUGCAGUGACAAAAAAUGUUCCUUUUUGCAUCCCGGAAGUAUAAAAAAAUGCAGCAAAAUGCCUCCUUCUCCAAGUGAAAAAACUCGGUUUUGAGGGUCUCUCCUCACAAAAAGAGCGGCAGGCUUUUGAAAUCCGAGUUUUUCACUUGGAGGGGGAGGUAUUUUGCUGCAUUUUUUAUACUUCCCGGAUGCAAAAUGGUACGUUUUUUGCCACUAGAUCAGAAUACCUGUAGACGGUUUUUUUAACUUUCAGUUUAUCUUAUGGGUGAUUUUUAAUGUUUGUAGGGUAUUUAUGAGUGAUUUUUUGAGAUAUUAAUAAAUGAAAAGGGUUGUUCUUGGAUGCUGAUGGCAUUCUACAGUGUAGAGAAAAUAGCGUCCGAAAUUUUUGACCUUAUUUUAGAUAUCAAUAAUUUUUAGCGAAAUUUUUUUGUGUCGUUAUCAAGUUUGCAUCAAAUAACAUCUAAUUUUUUCAGAAACGAAAGACCGAGUCCGAAAAACGUCAAGGCAAACCAAUUUCGGCCGGAAAUUCCGCCGCCGAUGAGAAAAUGAUGGCCAUCGCCAAAAGUGGAAUGUCCGGCGAAGAAAGCUCAUUCGCGGUCGAAGAAGACAUUGGACAUCAGAAUCUGCUCUGGUCUGACAAAUACCGCCCGCAAAAACCAAAGUACUUUAACAGAGUUCACACAGGAUUCGAAUGGAACAAGUACAAUCAGACUCAUUAUGAUGUGGAUAACCCACCACCGAAGAUUGUACAGGGAUACAGAUUUAAUGUAAGUGGAAAGGAGAGUGGGUAAUAGGAUUUGAGAGUAGGUUUGGGGAUUUUGGAAGGGAAAAAGUUGAUAAAGUGAGCUUUUUUAUAUUGUACUAGGCAUGGAUAAGGUUUGUCUGAGAUUUUUGUUGUCUAGAAAGGAUUUGUGUUGAUGUAAAGAGUUACAAAAUGUGUAAAAUGCCUCAUUUGUUAAUUUCGUAGCCUAGAAAGUGCGAUGGAAUCUCAAAAAUUUGAAUUCCCGCCGUUUUUGGCAUUGUGUUUUAGAGGUUCAUAGUGCAAGAAAAGGUCUAAAAAUUAGGAAAUUGAUGCUCUAUCGGCUCCAAAGAGGCGUGUAUUCUUAGAAAAAAUGUUUUUGAAUUUAAUUUUUUAGCAAAAUUAUGUUAGCCAUGAUGGUUUAUAUGAUUUUCUUAUUUUUUUUGCAUUUUUAGUCUAGAAAUUUGAUGUUUUUGUUAAAAUCCGUAUUUUAAAACAGAGUUUUUUACAAACUGAAGCUUCCCUCCAAGGGGCCCGGACAUUGUUGCAACGACCAUCACCAAAUUUCUUGAAACUUGGCCAGUAGAAUGGCCUGAGCAUGUUGAUGAAAAGCGAAGAAGGGUUUCGCGAAAUUUCAACCGGUCCGAGAUUACUGUAACAAUUUGGGUUUUGUAAAGCAGCCGUGGUCGUGGACCGGGCAACAGCCCUACGGGGCUGAAACUUCUUGUCUGUAUGUUUUCGAGCAUGGCCAACAUUUUUCUAAUUGAAACUUUUUUUGUAUCUUUUCGUCUUUCGGUAGUACCGUAAUCGUCAUGAUACCAUAUCGAUUACUGUAAAAAAUUGGAGCGAGUGUAACAAAUUUUUAAACUUGGUUAUAAAAGUUGGACACCCUUCCCGUAAAAUAAGACAAAAAAAUCAAAAAUAAAAAUAUAAGUUUUUGAGAUAUAUGCGUUCAAAAUUGCUAUGUUCGGUUACUGUAGGACCAAAAUAGAGACGAUCAAUUUUUAAACUUUUCCAUUAAUCGCUACGGUUCACAUAUUAAUAGCAUGACAUAAGAGGAAUGUUUUCAGGUUGAAAAAUUAAUAAUAGAGCUUUUAUUUUAAGGUUUAUACGAAGGUUACUGUAAUUUCCAACUUUUAUUAAGUUCGCUAACAAUUUUAUUGGAAUGACGAAUUUAGACAAGCUAUCCGGGUCAGAAACGCGCAUACAUCAUGGAAGACAGAAAUCAGAAUCGUAAUACUACCUAUUCCUGAAAUAGUGGGAGAUUACGGUAGCCGUACCCACUUUUUUCGUUGUUUGGCCGCGGCAUUCUUUGGGACAGUUAGUGUAACAACUUUUGAGUCCUGAAGUUCAUUCAGCAUCACCAGGGGAGUAUUUCAGCAAAAAAUCGCAAAAAUAAAAAUAUAAGUUUUUGAGAAAAUCCUGGAUUACGGUCAUUUUAGGGGGUUUUUGGGCCGUUUGGCCGUGGCAUUCUUUGGAGCUGCUAGUGUAACAACUUUUGAAGCCUGAAAUUCAUUCAGGAUGGAUAGAAGAGCAUUUCAGCAAAAAAUCGCGAAAAUAAAAGUAUAAGUUUUUGAGAAAAUCCUGGAUUACGGUCAUUUUAGGGGAUUUUUGGGCCGUCUGGCCGUGGCAUUCUUUGGAGCUGCUAGUGUAACAACUUUUGAAACCUGAAAUUCAUUCAGGAUGGAUAGAAGAGCAUUUCAGCAAAAAAUCGCGAAAAUAAAAGUAUAAGUUUUUGAGAAAAUCCUGGAUUACGGUCAUUUUAGGGGAUUUUCUGUCCGGAACUACCGUAAUCCGGGAUUUUCUCAAAAACUUAUACUUUUAUUUUCUCGAUUUUUUGCUGAAAUACUUCCCUGGUCAUGCUGAGUAAAUUUCAAGACUCAAAAAUUGUUACACUCGCAGCUCCAAAGAAUGCCACGGCCAGACGGCCCAAAAAUCCCCUAAAAUGACCGUAAUGCAGGAUUUUCUCAAAAACUUAUACUUUUAUUUUCUCGAUUUUUUGCUGAAAUACUUCCCUGGUCAUGCUGAGUAAAUUUCAAGACUCAAAAGUUGUUACACUAGCAGCUCCAAAGAAUGCCACGGCCAGACGGCCCAAAAAUCCCCUAAAAUGACCGUAAUCCAGGAUUUUCUCAAAAACUUAUACUUUUAUUUUCGCGUUUUUUUGCUGAAAUGCUCUUCUAUCCAUCCUGAAUGAAUUUCAGGCUUCAAAAGUUGUUACACUAGCAGCUCCAAAGAAUGCCGCGGCCAGACGGCUCAAAAACCCCCUAAAAUGACCGUAAUCCAGGAUUUUCUCAAAAACUUAUACUUUUAUUUUCGCGAUUUUUUUCUGAAAUACUCUUCUAUCCAUCCUGAAUGAAUUUCAGGCUUCAAAAGUUGUUACACUAGCAGCUCCAAAGAAUGCCACGGCCAGACGGCCCAAAAAUCCCCUAAAAUGACCGUAAUCCGGGAUUUUCUCAAAAACUUAUACUUUUAUUCUCCCGAUUUUCUGCUAAAAUACUUCCCUGGUCAUGGUGAGUAAAUUUCAAGACUAAAAAGUUGUUACACUCGCAGCUCCAAAGAAUGCCACGGCCAGACGGCCCAAAAACCCCCUAAAAUGACCGUAAUCCAGGAUUUUCUCAAAAACUUAUAUUUUUAUUUUUGCGAUUUUUUGCUGAAAUACUCCCCUGGUGAUGCUGAAUGAACUUCAGGACUCAAAAGUUGUUACACUAACUGUCCCAAAGAAUGCCGCGGCCAAACAACGAAAAAAGUGGGUACGGCUACCGUAAUCUCCCACUAUUUCAGGAAUAGGUAGUAUUACGAUUCUGAUUUCUGUCUUCCAUGAUGUAUGCGCGUUUCUGACCCGGAUAGCUUGUCUAAAUUCGUCAUUCCAAUAAAAUUGUUAGCGAACUUAAUAAAAGUUGGAAAUUACAGUAACCUUCGUAUAAACCCUAAAAUAAAAGCUCUAUUAUUAAUUUUUCAACCUGAAAACAUUCCUCUUAUGUCAUGCUAUUAAUAUGUGAACCGUAGCGAUUAAUGGAAAAGUUUAAAAAUUGAUCGUCUCUAUUUUGGUCCUACAGUAACCGAACAUAGCAAUUUUGAACGCAUAUAUCUCAAAAACUUAUAUUUUUAUUUUUGAUUUUUUUGUCUUAUUUUACGGGAAGGGUGUCCAACUUUUAUAAUCAAGUUUAAAAAUUUGUUACACUCGCUCCAAUUUUUUACAGUAAUCGAUAUGGUAUCAUGACGAUUACGGUACUACCGAAAGACGAAAAGAUACAAAAAAAGUUUCAAUUAGAAAAAUGUUGGCCAUGUUCGAAAACAUACAGAUAAGAAGUUUCAGACCCGUAGGGCGAUCACCUGGUCCACGACAACGGCCGCUUUAUAAAACACAAAAUGUUACAGUAAUCCCGAAAUAAUGCAAAUUUUGGGAAAACGUUUGACGCUUUUGAUAUAUGCCCUGUGGGUGUUCUAUGAGCCAAAUUUGAAGAAAUUCGGUGAUGGUCACCGCAACAAUGUCCGGGCCAUGCUUCACUUUGUAAAAAAGUCCGUUUUAAAUAAAUUUAAGCUUAAUUUUGAUUUCAGAUAUUCUACCCAGACCUCCUCGACCCAACUCAAACCCCGGCAUUUACCCUGAAUCAAUGCGAAGACGAAGAUUUUGCGAUUAUCCGCUUCAAAGCCGGCCCUCCAUACGAAGAUAUUGCCUUCAAAAUUGUGAACAGGGAAUGGGAAGUCAAUUACAAACACGGAUACAAGUGUCAAUUCCAGAACGGCGUCUUCCAGCUAUGGUUCUACUUCAAGAGAUACAGAUAUAGACGAUGA